GGGCAAUAAAAGCAACGCGUUAAAUUUUACCGUUUGAAUUUCGAUUUGGUCGGCGGAUCCUUACACUAUUAUUAAACAACACUCAACGGGAUAAGCCUGGUAGCCCGCCACCCACUGUUACUGUUGCUGAGAUUCAUGCUGAGCCAAUUUCGUUAUCGGGAAAGUCAAGGAAAAGAAGCCAUUCGGUGUAUUCCGACAAGGAAGAACGCAAUGAUGAUGGUUCCACCUCUGAAAGCAAUUCAGGCUGCUUCACGUUACAAAAACUAACGCCAGCAAAGAAAAAACUCGUAUUUCCCGAAACAACUGAUGAGCUGGUAGAUGAGGAAGAAUGUGAAGAUGUCGUUCCUACUUCGACCCGUACUGAUAAUUUGCAAUCAGAGGUGGAGGUGCUAUCAUCUUUAAAGGCGAGUAUGCUGAUGGGCCAGGCCCCUGUUUCAACUGAAGACGUCCAGCACUUAAAAAGCAAGAUACGUGCCCUAGUAGAAGAGAAUGAUCGCUUGAAGAAAGAUCUUAAGUUUUUUCAAGAAUUCGGCAGCGUCAAAGCUUGGGUUGACCAAUUGAUCUUUAAACAGCAGUACAUCCAACAGUUGCAGAAGAAUGGGGAAUGUGCCUCAGCUGCCCCACUUGCUUCUGCUACUUCAAGUGUGAAGAUGAAUUUACCGAAACUUGCGUAUGAAGAUAUUAAGCCACAUUUUCAAGCAAAUUGGAGUUCCUCACCACCACCACCUGUUUUGAAUGCCCCAGAGACACCGAUCGAGGAGACUAACAAACCACAAAAAUAUCCGUCAGAUUUGUAUAACAAUCCAUUUCCCAUUACGCAAGACAUUCUCGACCAGAUUCCGCCUGGCUCAAAGAAAUCUGAAACUCGCUUUGUGGGGUCUCUUCUUCGCCUCAUGUACACCGAUAAUUACCUGGGUACGCAUACCAUGUCAGCAAAUUUGACAGGAAAGAAGUGUAUGGAUGAGAAUGAAUUGCUCAGCAUAAUUAAAGCGACAUUGGAUUUUUUCCAAUUCAAGGAUCACGAGAAAGUGAAAAAAGAAGGAGAAGUACGAAAGGGUAUUUCCACUUUUCUAAACAAUACCAAACAGAAGUUGAAGAAGCUCCAAAAUAACAGCAGCAAGUUAUAA